AUAUAUUUCUAAGGCUAUUUCUCCCAACUUUGAAGGAUAUUCUUUUAUAAUUAGAGAAAUAAAAAAUAAAAAAUAAAAAAACCUUCCCUGCCCGUGGUAAUCGGUCUUCCCCAGGUUCUCACCUCAGGCUCAGAUUUUCUUUCUUUGUUUCUACUUGCUCGCGUUCUGAUCUUGAUUUCAAUCCAUCUUCUUCGCUCCCGCGGAUUAACGUAGCAUUGAGGGCUGGCUUCCAACUUGAGGGAAUAUACUGUGUGCAAAAGUCUUCUGAAGUCUAUUUUUUGGGAGACCAGCUGCUGUAAGCUAAGUAUUUGACAGAAACGGAACAGUUCUUCUAUUUGAUAAACCCAAAACCAAAAAACAUGGCAGUAAAACCAACUGUUGCGUUGCGAGCUGUACUUGUUGGAGGAAUUGCAGCGUUUGCUAAAAUUGCUGGUGCAAUGAAAGCUGCUGGUGGUGCAAAGUUAGGUGCAGCCACAGCUGCCAUGACAGCAGCAGCAACUGCAGCUUUGGCAGGAUCAAAACAAGACCAGAAGGAGGAUUCUAAUAAACACUCUCCGAAAUGAACUGCACCUUCUCACUCUAACAAACAACAAAUCCCAAUUAUGUUUUUGGGACAUUUUGUCUUUUUGUCUUUUUAAUUUUUUACACCCUCUUUUGUAAUUUUGGUAGGGAAAGAUCUAAUGUAUAAACCCCCAAUCCUGGAGGCUUCAGCCAAAGCCAUGGUGCUGAAAUAAUAUGAACUGGCCAGAUUUAUUUUAUCUUACCGGAUGGAAUUUUUUGUCACAU